UGUCAUUUAGAGCACCGGUCGGAGACACCAAGACACUACGUUUCCAGGUCUUGCGGAGUGAGUUCACCAACACAUGGCACCAGGUCAUGUCAGUGACAACGGAUGACCAAAGAUAAGCAAGUCAUGUCAGUGACAAAACAGAUGGAUAACGAGAGACACGCCAUGUCAGGGACAACGGAUACAACAAUGUCCUGUCUCCGGCUGGCACCGACGACGACAAGGAUACCGUCACUAUCACCAUCACCUCCCCGCGGAAGUCACAACCACGAGGAAGUGCGCCUGCUCAAAGUUCGUGCAACAAUGCGACAGUCGACAUUGCCAGACGUUGACACGUCCUCCGCGACAAUGACGACCGCGGCGAUACAAAAGAUGGAAACGGAGCAAGCGAGAGGCCAGCACCAGAGACAAGUCGCCGAGAAGAUUCUUAAGAAACUCCUGUCCUUCCAUCCCUUCACCGAGACCUCAUACCAGCGCCUGGUGGAGCGCACCGAGGUCGAAAAGGUCAAGACCGCACAGCGCGAAAGCAAAAGACAGGAAGCACGUCUCGUGGACGGCGAGCUGGUGUUCGGCACUGGUGAGGAGAAUGAGAAAGAGGUCAUCGAGGUUAACCCGGACUUGCACGAGGGUAACGUGCUGCUGGACAAAUACGGAAUCUUCCCCACUCCCUACUUAGGAAGACCUUUGGAAGAAAUCGACAAAGGCAUCAAAGAAAAGACAUUUGUCAUCAUCGCCAGGCGGCUCGGCAAGAAAUACAUCUAUAGGUUCUCAGCUAACAGGUCUUUCUUCAUUCUCCCACCCUGGAACCCAGUCCGCCGCCUCACACUGUACCUCGUCUCAAAUCGGUUUUUCGACUACUUUAUCAUCGCCACCAUCCUCGUCAACUGCGUCUUCCUCGCUAUGCCAACUUGUCUUUCAUCGAGAAGUCAGAGUGAAUAUGUCUUUCUCGGAAUCUACGGGGUGGAAAUGAUUGUCAAAGUUGUUGCCCGCGGGUUUUUCAUUGAUAAGUACACGUACCUGAGAGACCCAUGGAACUGGCUGGAUUUCAUUGUCAUCCUCACGGCCCUCAUCACCAUCGUCAUUGAGCAAGCAGACUCUACAAUAUCGGUCGGCAACCUUCAAGGCAUGAGGACAUUCCGAGUACUUCGAGCUCUCAAGACUGUCUCCAUCUUGCCAGGACUGAAAACUAUUGUGAACGCUUUGCUACGAGCUUUCAGGAUGUUGUUGGAAGUAAUCAUACUGACACUGUUUUGCCUCAUGAUCUUUGCCCUCAUCGCCUUGCAAAUGUAUAAAGGUGUGCUGAGGAAUAAGUGUGUUAAGAACAUAGACAACGAAACAAACAAUGAAGUCGAGAUCUACAGUGAGUUCUAUGAAGCCUGGGUUCAAAACUCAUCAAACUGGCAGCAGGACGAUUCGGGAAAUUUCCAGAUUUGUGGCAAUAUAUCAGGUUCUGGGGCCUGCCAGGUGAACUACACCUGCUUGGAAGAUGUGGGUGAUAAUCCAAAUUACGGGUACACUGGGUACGACCACUUUGGCUGGGCCAUGCUCAACUCCUUCCAGCUGUUGACACUGGACUAUUGGGAAGACAACUAUCAGAAGGUCAUUAGAGCGAACGGUCCCUGGAAUGUGAUCUUCUUUCUCAUCGUCAUAUUCUUUGGCUCCUUUUACCUGCUGAACCUCAUGCUUGCCGUGGUAGCCAUGUCGUACGAGGAGGAAGCACUCAGCAAAGACCUGAAAGGAGACCUUGCCAACCAGAACGGACGGCUAGUGGACAGGAAUUGCGGGGCGUGCAGCAAGUACUGCGCGCUUCGUGUACUGUGGGUGCGCCUGCAAAACCGCGUGCACGCGCUCGUCUCAGACCCUUUCUUCGACCUGGGCAUCACCCUUUGCAUCAUCCUCAACACUGUCUUCCUGGCCCUCCAGUACCAUGGCAUGAGUUCCAGUCUGGAGAACGCGCAGCGCUUUGCUAAUUACGUGUUUACAGCUGUAUUUAUACUGGAGACAGUGUUGAAAAUCAUGGCUCUCACCAGCUACUUCUAUGUGGGCUGGAACAUCUUCGACCUUAUUGUUGUCCUCGCAAGCAUCGUCGACUUGAGUGUUGAAAACAUCAAGGGUCUGUCUGUGUUGAGGACCUUUCGCUUGCUUCGCGUCGUGAAGCUGGCGCAGGCCUGGCCCACUAUGCGCAUGCUCCUCACCAUCAUCAUCAACACGCUUGGAGCCCUGGCCAACCUCACAGUCAUCAUCGGCAUCGUCAUCUACAUCUUUGCGGUUAUCGGCCUGCAGCUCUUCAGAGGGGAAUACGGCAGCUUCGACUACAGCGGCACGGAAGGAGUGAGGUGGCACUUCCAGGACUUUUUUCACUCGUUCAUGAUGAUUUUUCGCGUGUUGUGUGGAGAGUGGAUCCAACCUCUCUGGCAGUGCAUGCGAUCAUCCGGGGAACUGUGCAUGGUCGUCUUCUUGCCUGCUCUUGUGCUCGGCAAUUUCAUUGUGCUGAACCUCUUUCUGGCUUUGCUGCUCAACGCCUUCGCCACGGACUCCAUCAAAAAACACACGGAGUCAAACCAGGAACUGUCGAAGAUCAAGCUCGCAUUCGAAAAAAUCAAGAAACUUUGCUGCUGUUGUCGCAAGCGCAUUAACAAGAAUGCUGUGAAUCCUGACAACAAACAAUCGUCAAAAGGUUCAGAUGACAGGGAGGACUUCAAUGCCAGCAAACAUGGGAAGCACUGGACAGCCUUCCGUGGACUGUUGAUGAAAAUAGUGGACCACAGUUUGUUUGAGUGGGUGGUGCUAGCCAUCAUCUUCGGCAGCAGCUUGACGUUGGCCUUUGAGGAUGUCUACCUGUAUCAGGACAAAGGGAAGCAGAUGGCGCUGUACGUUUUGAACAUCAUUUUUUGUAUCUUAUUUGGUAUCGAGAUGCUGAUGAAGUGGGUUGCCAGCGGCAUCACCAACUAUUUCAAGAACUUCUGGACCUUGCUGGACUUCUGCAUCGUUGUGAUUUCAGUGGCUAGCCUUAUAGGCGAAUCUCUGGGAGUGUCCAACAUUGCUGCCUUUCGAUCCUUGCGAACUUUACGCUCGCUUCGCCCUCUGCGCGCAAUUGCCCGUUGGCAGGGAAUGAAGAUCGUGGUUAAUUCUCUCAUGAGAGCGAUUCCGGCCAUUUUCAACGUCUUCCUGGUGGGCAUGGUGUUCUGGCUCAUAUUUAGCAUCAUGGGAGUCCAGUUCUUCGCAGGCAAAUUCUACAAGUGUGUUAACUCAACGUCCGGGGAGAAGUUCACUGCUGAUGUGGUGCCAAACAAAACCGCGUGCCAGGCUUUAGGACAAAGCUGGGUGAACUCCAACGUCAACUUUGACAACGCCGGUUCCGGCUUUCUCGCUCUCUUCCAGGUGGCCACGUUUGAAGGCUGGAUCGAAGUAAUGGUGGACGCGGUUGACUCUACUGAUGUCGAUCUACAGCCUAGUUUUGAAAACAACCUGUACAGCUACCUCUAUUUUGUCGUCUUCAUUAUAUUCGGGUCUUUCUUCACGCUCAACCUCUUCAUUGGUGUGAUCAUUGACAACUUCCAGACGCUGAAGAAAAAGUAUGAUGGCAAUUAUCUUGAUGCUUUUUUGUCGCCAAAUCAAAAGAGCUACUAUAACACACUGCGAAAACUUGCAAACAAAAAGCCACAUAAGACCAUCAGACGACCAAAGAACAAGUUUCAGUGCUUUUUUUACGACAUCUCCACCAACACCAAGUUUGAGCUCGGAAUCGUAAUUCUUAUCUUCUUUAACAUGAUCGUCAUGGCUGUCGAGCAUUACAACCAAGCAGAUGCCGUGCAGGAAAACCUGAAUACCAUGAACAUCAUUUUCACCGCAGUCUUCACCUUGGAGGCCAUCACGAAGCUUGUAGGUCUGCGGUGGCACUACUUCAGAGUAGCUUGGAAUGUCUUCGACUUUGUCAUCGUUAUUUUGUCCAUCCUGGGCAUCGUCCUGGCAGACAUUUUGUCCAGAAUUUACGUUAGACCCACCUUGCUGCGCGUGGUGAGGGUCUUUCGCGUUGGGCGCGUUCUGCGCCUUAUCAAAGCUGCUAAAGGCAUCCGCAAACUCCUCUUCGCCCUCAUCAUUUCCCUGCCCGCCCUCUUUAACAUCGCCGCGCUGCUUUUCCUCGUCAUCUACAUCUACGCCAUUAUCGGCAUGUCUUCGUUUGGCGACUUACGGCCGAUGAACAGCCUCAACGACAUCGUCAACUUCCAGACCUUCGGUAAUAGCUUCCUGCUGCUGUUGCGUCUGGCCACGUCAGCAGGCUGGAACGACGUGCUUGAAAACCUGAUGCUCAGCCCUCCAGACUGCAACUCCACCUACAAGACUCUACCUGACGGCACGCAGGUGGCGUCGUCCAACGGAGACUGCGGCUUGACGUGGCUGGCCAUCCCUUAUAUGGUGUCUUACAUCGUCAUAGUCUUUCUCAUCGUCAUCAACAUGUACAUUGCUGUUAUACUGGAAAAUUUUAACCAGGCCCACCAGCAGGAGGAAGUGGGCAUCACGGAGGACGACUUCGACAUGUUCUACAACGUGUGGGAGCGCUACGACCCCCACGCCACGCAGUUCAUCAAGUACGAGCAGCUGUCGAACCUGGUAGCCGACCUGGAAGCGCCGUUGCAGCUGCCUAAGCCCAACGAGAUCGUUUUGGUCUCCUUCAACCUUCCCAUCGUAGAGGGCGACCUCCUGCACUGUCUGGACGUGCUACGGGCGCUGGUGACACACGUGCUGCAAGACGUGGAGGAGACGGAGGAGCUACGCAAGCUGAAGCAGCAGAUGGAGGAGAAGUUUUCCGCCGUCUUCCCGACGCGCAAGAGCAUGGCCGUCAAGUCCACAACCCUGCAGCGGAAAAAAGAGGAAGUGGCUGCUCGUACCCUGCUGCGGGCCUGGAGACAUCACAAGACGCAGAGGGUCCUGAAGGAUCUCGUAGUUCAGGCCAUGCGGCAGAACUCACUGCGGCUAGGCACCGGAGCGUCGGAAGGGACAAGAAUGUCGGGUAUCCAUCACCUGGGGCGGCGGCUCAGCAAUGCACUGUCCCACUUUUUAGGGGUCUCGCGUCCGUCAUCAGCCGUCAGGCGGGCCAGCGUCAUCAGUGCCGGACCCGUGGACAGCAAACCCGAUGUCAGGCCCCUUAGCAAGCAAGGCAAGCUUUCUAGCUUUUUGCAAGUACCCAGACUGGAAACCCCUGCAUGCCAUGAACUUGGACAAAAGCUUACAUGACUUGGAGUUGUAGUGUUCUUGCCCGUGUGCGCAUGAGAUACAACGAAUAGCUGUGAAUUCUGAUCAAGCAUUCUACAUUCCCAUCAUACUCCUUCAGGCUUCCCUCCCCUAUACACUGUUUGUCUGUGCAAUAGUCUAUAUGCCUGUUUGUCAGUAUGGCUUAUGGUUUGUCUAUUGCCAUUGCCAUUGUCUCACACAGACUGCAUAGUGUGAAAAAUGGAGUCAGAGGAAGCAAGAAGUUUGAAGUGACUUGCAGUAUUUUCCCACUGUGUUGACUUCGUUUUCAAUUUUCAUGAAAUUUGGAGGAUGCACUGGUACUUGUUUAUGAAAGUACGAUGAAAUCUCUGAUCCAAACGAAUAUUCUCAUACCACACUUUCUUCAUAGUCUUAAUUAAGAAAUUAUGGAGCAUAUUUGGAGUUAAUUGGAUACACGCCAAAAGCUCUGCCUGGCGGUUGUGUCUGACUUCACAAACAUUUAUUGUUGAUGAUGUUAAGCUAUAUCAAAAGGAAUAAGGUCAUUAAGUUCAUGAUCCUAAAGUAAGCUAUGCGAGGAGGACAUUACGUUCAUGACAUAAAGUGAGCUAUGGGAGGAGGACGUUUUGUUGGUGAUGCUAAAUUUCAAUGUCUUUUUUUUCAUUAUCGAUCAUGAUGAAUUUUUUCCUGAUAUCUUGACAAUGAAGUUUUCAGACUUCAACUACUGCUAGAUUAAAUUUCCACAUAAAACAUGCAGAA